GGGCAUCGACGAAGCACGAGGAAGGAUACCACGGCGUUAUGGCGUUUGUAGAAACACACGCUGAGCGUUAUAUGGACGAUGCAUUACAUGUAGCACCACCCUUCUUAUAGACCCAAGGAAUGCUAAUUCGAUUCCAUGAUCAUUCCCUACCCCUUGGUUCAGCACUGGGUUGGGGACGAAGGAUAUUGGCCACACUCCUUGCGGCAUGAGAAAGGCGUCCUCUUUACCCUAGCGGUCGCAGGAACUUUGCGAUUAUAUCUAUCCAGAUGCGAAAGUCUCGAUAAAAGUACCGCUCGAAAGGGCAAGUUCACGGAAGUUAUCAAGACCAUCGGUUACCUUGCAAUAUACCUAGUAUCACGCACUUUCAUUGGAGGUAUUUGCGCCUCGGUAUUGACAGCUUGGGUUUACAACUACAUAAUACGUAGGUAGGAAAGCCUGGUGAACGCUCAGGCAAGCUAAUUCGGGGAGGAUAGAUACCUGACCGGAUUAGGACUCAAAU